AUGGAGGAACAGCCGCUGAAAUCAAUGGAUGUAAUAAAAACCCUCGUUGCGCAUCAAAAUGUAGACGAAAAUACCUUCCUGGCCAUCAAGAACGGAGUGAAGGGCUUCAAGUCCCUACUUCGGUCUCAAGAUGGCCAUUCUCAAAUAUCAUCCUCGUGCAUCCUCGCGCAAGCACCGGCUCCAGCGGCUGCGCUGGAGAAGGACUUCACUACGAAUGGCACCCAGGGAAGUCUGCAUUGCCCUUUCUCCAAGCCCAAUAAAGCGCAGAGCGGGAGUGAAGCCAGAAGCGGCAAACACUCUGCCCCGAAGGUUCAGGUUGAGGCCGCCUGUGGCCAUGAGCAUCUGGAUCCUAUCAAGGCCGAGCUAGAUGAACGACGCUCCAGUCACACCCCGUCCGCCCCGUCAUCCAAGGGAGCAUGUCCACUCUCGAGAUGCCCGAUUCGAUUCUUGGACCAGCAUUCCCCCGAAGAAAUUGCCGAAUACGUCGAACGACACAAACAUGAAAUCCCUCGAAGCCAUGCCAUUUGUGUCAACCGCUACCAGAAGAACCCUCAAAAUAUGCGACACCUCGACGCCAAGUACGGCGGUUUGACCAGUAUGAUCGCCGGACUCGGAGUCAAACACCAAGCCUUCUUGCCGGAAUGUCAAAAUGGCGAAGGUAAAUCGUCAAGUUCAGCAUCGACGCAACGAGUCGAGAAAUGGGCCGAGAACGUGGACCCUUCCGCGCCCGCCCAGAGCCCUCAGGAUCAUCCGGACGAAGACGACAACCGCCAGAGUCACUUCGACCGUCCCCUCCGCGAGGUUCGCGUGGGCGAAUCCCCAAGCCGGCCUUGGGGAAUUUCAGUCCCUGUCACACACCUCCCGCCCGCCUCAGCGCCAUUCAACGGAUCGGCGUCUGGGCCUAUCUCCCCCGAUCCCCAAUUCGACAAAGUCAGCAAAGCCGAUGCGUCCGUCACACCUGCCAAACCUACCUUCUGUCCAUUCGGUCAUGAUAAACCAACGCCCGCAUUCUCGAAGCCCGGACUUUCAAACCCCACAGCCGAUGUACCCCGAAGCCGCGAGUCUCAUGAAGAUUCAGCUAAAGCAGAAGGGGCACCUGCGAAACCUGGCUGCCCAUUCGGUCACGACAAGAAGGCCGAGGGCCCAAAGGGUGAACAUCAGCCAUUGAUGGACUGGCCGUCAGAAGGGGACCAAGAUCAUGCUGCCGAGAAAGCUCCGACAGCCCCCGUCAGCGAGGACCCAACUACCAAACCCGGUAUUCCACCCACCACGUCUCAGCCUUCCCACGUCACGUUCAACGGCCCCGUGUUCUUCGGAUACUCCCCCGAGCAAACGGCAAACCUCAUGCAGCAGCUCGCCAGUCUUGGUAGUCUCAACCUGGGCAAUCUGGGCAAAUAA